AUGGCUCAACUCGACACCAUGCAUCUAUCAAUGCCCCAGCUCGUCGGUGCCCUUGCUGCCCUCUAUAUCAGUUACACCGUCGCCCGCAAGUUCUACAUCAAUGCGAAAAUCAAUAAAAUGGGCGCCCGCGCGCCCGUUCGAAAGAGCUACCUCCCCUGGCAUAUUGACAUAAUUUGGGAAGCUGUCCAGAGUGCGCUGGAUGACAAAAUCUAUGAGAUGUGGACCGACAUGUUUAACAAGGAGUGCCCGACCGGGCGCUACACGGUCGAGCUUGGGGUCGUCGAUCGCCUCAUCAUGACCGCAGAACCGGAGAACAUCAAAGCCAUUCUGGCGACUCAAUUUAAAGAUUAUGGCAAGGGAGAACAAUUCACAAAAGACUGGUAUAAUUUUCUGGGCCACGGCAUCUUCACGACUGACGGCGAGCUAUGGCACAACUCACGUCAGCUGAUCCGCCCGCAAUUCAUCAAAGACCGCCUCAGCGACAUCAACAUUUUUGAGCAGCACACCCAGAUUCUCAUAUCCAAGAUUGACAAUGGCCAAGAAAUCGAUAUGCUCGACAUGAUGUUUAGGUAUACUCUGGACGCAGCCACACAUUUCUUACUGGGCCAAAGUGUCGGCAGCCUGGAAGAGCCAAAGACUGAAUUUGCCGAUGCAUUCUACAAUGCCCAGCGUGUCCAGAGCAUCAUCGCCCGAGUCGGCCCCUUGAACUGGGUCGUCCCCCGCAAAUACAUGGGCUUCUAUGACUCGGUCAACAAAAUCAACGAAUUCGUCUCCACCUUCAUCGACCGCGCCCUAGCCCUCUCCCCCGAGGAACUCGGGAAAACCUCAAAAAACGACGAAGACUACAACUUCCUCCAUGCCCUCGCAUCCUACACCCGCGACCGCUCCACCCUCCGUGACCAAAUCGUCAACGUCCUCCUCGCAGGCCGCGACACAACCGCCUGCACCCUCACAUGGGUAAUCUACCACCUAUCCAUGGACCCAGUCAUCACUGCCAAACUCCGCCAGGAAAUCAUUGACACCGUCGGCCUCGACAACAAGCCCACCUACGAGAAUCUCAAGAACAUGAAGUACCUCCAACACAUCAUCAACGAGACUCUCCGCCUCUACCCCGUAGUCCCGUACAACGUCCGUAUGGCACUUAAAGACACCACGCUCCCCACAGGCGGUGGCCCAGACGGCACUCAACCCAUUGGUAUUCGCGCGGGAACCCCAAUUGGCUACUCAACCCUCGUCAUGCAGCGCCGCGCAGAUUUGUAUCCGCCCUCGUCGUCUUCACUGCCCCCACCAUCGGCAUUCGCACCAGACAGGUGGGACUCGUGGACGCCCAAGAGCUGGACGUACAUUCCGUUCAACGGGGGUCCCAGGAUUUGCAUUGGCCAACAGUUUGCGCUCACGGAAAUGGGGUAUACGCUUGUGCGCUUGUUCCAACGGUUUGAGAAGGUGGAGAAUAGGAUGGGGGGCGUGGAGCCUGGGAUGCAUGCGGAUAUUGUGUUGCAGCCUGCCAAGGAGAUUAAGGUCGCUUUCAAGUGA